GCCACCUUAAUCCACAUUCCGGCUGUCAGUUUUGUGUGGUCGGAAAUGAACGAAACGGGAAUUUCUCCGAGCAACACCACCACCACCUAGAGCUGCGCUGAACUCAUGCAGAAUAAGCUGCUCGCAGCGCUGGCCUCUGCCGCAGCAAAUUCUUCCAAAGAUGGGGACUUUCGGCUUCUACGGGAGCUUAUCGCGCGACCCUCGAUUGAAAGUUCCGAUCUUGAGGACGAUCAUCGUCAGAGCGUCGUCGUCGCCGCCGCAAGUUGAAUUUUCAAGAAGGCAAGUUCUUGAGCGAGUGGACGAGGAGCUGGCUAAAGGGAACGAGAGGGCAGCGCUGGGUCUCGUGAAGGACUCGCAGGGGAAGCCCGGCGGUCUCCGUUGCUUCGGUUCCGCCAGGCAGGUACCACAGCGGCUUUACACUUUAGAUGAACUGAAGUUGAAUGGAAUCGAGGCAGCAUUGCUCCUGUCUCCAGUAGAUGCAACUCUUGGUGCUAUAGAGAGAAACCUGCAGCUUGCUGCUGUCGCUGGAGGUCUCUCCGCUUGGAACUUGUUGGGUCUCAGUCCCCAGCAAAUCUUCUAUAUUUCUUUGGGCUUUUUGUUUCUGUGGACUUUUGACUCGGUAUCUGUCAAUGGAGGAGUUGGCAGCUUGGUUCUUGAUACAAUUGGCCAUACUUUUAGUCAGAAGUAUCACAAUAGGGUUCUUCAACAUGAGGCUGGACAUUUCUUGAUUGCUUACCUCAUCGGAAUCCUUCCUAGGGGAUAUACAAUCUCCAGUUUGGAUGCUUUAAAGAAGGAAGGCUCUCUCAAUGUCCAAGCGGGGACUUCUUUCGUGGAUUUUGAGUUUCUUGAAGAAGUAAAUGCAGGAAAAGUAUCGGCAACGACACUCAACAAAUUCUCCUGCAUAGCACUUGCCGGCGUGGCGACUGAAUAUCUUCUCUUUGGAUGCGCCGAGGGAGGUCUCGCAGACAUAAACCAGUUGGAUUCAUUGCUCAAGGGCUUGGGAUUCACCCAGAAGAAGGCGGAUUCUCAAGUCAGAUGGGCGGUGCUGAAUUCGGUCCUGCUACUGCGCCGCCACGAAGCUGCACGGGGGAAGUUAGCAGAGGCAAUGUCUGAGGGGAAGUCCGUCGGAUAUUGCAUCGACGUCAUGGAAGGCGCCAUUGGCAAUGCCGACAUCUAGACUUGAUUGCGAAUCAUCAUCCAUUCUUCUUAGGUUGGCAACACAGUUACUGAGAUUUUAAGUCCUGUCAUGUACAUAUCAGAAUCAUGAUAAUCCUGAGUGACUUCAUUGCAAUCAACUUGUAUGAAUUUUAAAUCCUUAAUUCGAUACUUGUAAUAUAGUCAGAUUAAACAUGUGGUUGCUUCAAGUUCUAGAGCAGUUCUUUGGAAUUUUAUUUCCGUUGUGGAUA